UUUGUCUACUAUAAGGCGACUGGCAUUCAUCGAGCUCUCAUUGUACGUUCUCCUGCUGAUUUUUUUAAUUGUACGAAGUGAAAUUUAACACAAUGCGGAACGCAUGUUUAGCAGCAACGAUAACCUUGUUCUUGUCUGGUUCGAUAUUGUGCUCGUCAGACAAUCUUCUCGGGAAAUUAAUGUACAAAGUCUUAACUGUAGAAGAGCGUAUGGAUAAUUUGGAAACCCAGUUUCAAAGUGCUUUGAAUGAAAUGAAUGAAAAAUUGGACACAAUAACAAAACUGUUAAGUACGAAAACUCCUUCUAUUGACAAUACAGUCGGCGAUAUGAAAGAGACAAUAGCAUCCACAGUUGCUGAAAUAGUGAAAUCUCAGUACACUGUCUUAGGGACCUUUGUGAAAAAGGAGAAAACAGUGUUAUCUGAAACAAAACGUGAGCUUGAGGCUCAAGGCUACAAACACAAAGUAGACAUUGAACAAGCUUUACAACACAAUGAAGAAAAAAUUGAAAAACAUGCACAACUUCUUACCAGCAAAUACAUAGAAAUGAGCUCAGGAUUCGAUGGAUCGUUUAAUAAUUUAACAUUUCAGACAAAAACAGAGCUAGAUAAGCAGGACAGUAAAUUGAAUGGCUUAAGUAAAAUGAUAACCGAUGUUCAGUCACAAGCAACAAGUCAAGGUCAUCAGCUUUCCGACCACUCUAAUCAGCUGAGUACAACACAACGCCAGUUGAAUGUCUACCAAUCUUCAUGCAAUUCCGUUGUUGACCGUGUGGACAAUCUCGAAAAUAAAGCAGGAACGUUUGUGAGCUUUUCAACGCGUCUUACGACAAAAUUACCAAACACGGCGGCCGGAACCAUCAUCAAAUUUGACCAGAUUAUUAACAAUUAUGGUAGCCAUUACAAUUCAAACACUGGAAAGUUUACGGUACCCGUUAGUGGCAUGUACCUUUUCAUCUUUUAUAUAGCAUCGCACAGUGAAGGUACAACCAACCAAGCCCAUGUUGGACUUUAUGUUGACAAGACUCUUAAAACAGCCGCCAUCUCUGAUAGUACGAACGGCGAUAAUAAUGACAAUGGAGGAAAUUCCGUGAUUGUACAACUCGACCGCGAGCAAGAAGUGUACAUAAAGACUUACACAUGGCCAGAUAAACACGACAUAUGGGCUUGGAAGACCACAUUCUCAGGUGCUCUACUUCAUUCCGUUUGAGCCCCGAUAUUCUUGAAAAACUUAAUGCAAAAGAAAUAUGCAGAAAGGAUUUGAUGAAUAAAGGACGAGUUUAAGUGUGAUAUAUUCAAUGAUGCAUGCAUUCUUUGUCGCGUACGUGUACUGGGCACAAUUUGACAAGUCUUUUUUCAAGUUAAUCUCUGUGUAUAUAUAUACAUGUACCUUCUCUGCUUAUGAAUAUAACAACUUAAAAAAGUGUUUGAGUGGUUUGCCAAUUGAGUCAAGUAUGCAUUCGCCAGGCACGUGAGUAUUCCACUUAAGUUAGCCAAGGCACUUCUAUUAAAUAGACCAUCAAACAAUGAACAUUAUUAAAUAUGUCUUUAACGAAAACUGUAGAGAACAAAUGGUUAAUUCUGUUUAUUAUGUAGGUUAAUUAAAUAGUACUAUUACAAAGUUAUAAUGGAUGCAUUGUAUGUAGUCAACUAUAAUUGUAAGUUUUAAAAGAAUCGUGCUUGUAAAACAAAGCAAAGAUUAU